GGCCGCGCUGCCCUAUGGUGUGGCCCCUCCGUGGCCCCUCUUCGUCUCUCCUUCGGACUUCUGGAAGCUUCGUGAGAAAAUAGGCCCCUGGGCUUUGAUUUCGUCCAAUUCCGAGAAUAUUUCCUUACUAGGAUUUCUGAAACCAAAAACAGCAGAAAACAGCAACUGGCACUUCGGCAUCUUGUUAAUAGGUUAGUUCCAGAAAAUGCACGAAUAUGACAUAAAGUGUGCAUAAAACAUGUAGAUAACAUCAAUAAUGUGGCAUGGAACAUAAGAAAUUAUCGAUACGUCGGAGACGUAUCAAGAGCACAAAGAAGUUCUACGAGGCUAUGUUUGCCGCGCAGAAACCCCUUCAUCCACAUACAGAGGUAACCCAGUUGGAUGCCGUGGCUCGCCUAAUGUCCUUCAAGUGCCAGAGUAACUUAUCUAGAGAUCGGUUCGAUGAUCUUCUGGUAAUCAUUGGCAGCAUCCUGCCGACAGGGCACCUCUUGACAAAGAGCUUUUAUGAGUCGACGAAAAUCCUGCGUUCACUAAAGAUGACAUAUAAGAAGAUAGACGCUUGUCCAAAGGGAUGCAUGCUAUUUAGAAAUGAACAUGCUGAAGGAAACUAUUGCAUCCAUUGCAAGUCCUCUAGGUACUUCGAGGUUGACACCGGUGAUGGACAGAAGAGGCAGACAGGGAUUCCCCAAAAGAUUCUACGUUAUCUUCCAUUCUUGCCGAGGCUCCAACGGCUUUUCAUGACGGAGGAAUCUGCCCAACAGAUGCGGUGGCCCGUUGAGGGGAACCGGUACACAGACAAGAUGAUACAUCCGUCGGAUGGUCAAGCAUGGCAGAACUUCGCGAAGAAAUAUCCAAAGAAAGCGGGCGACUCGAGGAGCGUAGCAGUUGCGAUAUCAACCGAUGGGUUCAAUCCAUAUGGUAUGUCAGCUGCAACGUACAGUUGUUGGCCUGUGUUUGUUAUUCCCCUCAACCUCCCUCCUGGCGUCGUCAUGAGAUCCGAGAACAUGUUUGUGUCGAUGAUUAUACCAGGGCCAAAAUACCCAGGGAAGAACAUGAAUGUGUACCUGGAGCCGCUAGUGGAUGACUUGCUUGUCGGGUGGAACGACCGUGGGGUGCGAACUUACGACGCCACAACAAAGCAACACUUCGAUAUGUAUGUCUGGUACCACACAUCACUGCAUGACCUACCAGCACGUGCGUUGUUCUGCGGCUCGUGUACACAUGGGAAGUGGCCGUGCCCGCUGUGUAGGCAGGCUAUGACUUUCUUCUGGCUGAAGAAUGGAGGCAAGUAUUCCUGCUUUGAUGAACACCGAAAGUACCUUGAAGCGAAGCAUAAAUAUAGGAGUGACAAAAAGAACUUCAAGAAAGGCGUUGCUGUCCAUACUCCACAUCCACAUCUGCCAACCGGCAAGGAUACUAAGUCUGAGUUAGAGGCUCUCGUGCCGAACCCCGAUGGUAAUGGUUUCGUGGGAUACGGGGAGACACACCAGUGGACCCACAUUCCAUGCUUAUGGAAGCUUCCUUACUUUGAAGACCUAGAGCUUCCACAUAACAUUGAUGUAAUGCACACCGAAAAGAAUAUUGGCGAGGCCCUUUGGAGCACAAUCAUGGACACCGAGAAGACGAAGGAUAAUGUUAAGGCUAGGCUAGAUCAGGAAAUAUGGUGCGAUAGGCCAAAUUUGAACAUGCGGCCUCCCGGACUCAAAGGCGGGUGGACUAGGCGAAAGGCCCCGUUCUGCCCUACAAGGAAAGAAAGGAAGGAAAUAUUCCAGUGGAUCGUCCAAUGCUUGUUCUUCCCUGAUGGGUAUGCAGCUAACUGGAUGAGGGGAGCAAACUUGGAGACGUUGCGAGUGCAUGGGCUCAAGAGUCAUGAUUAUCACGUGUGGCUUCAGCGGAUAAUGCCGAUCAUGAUUCGAGGCUAUGUCGAUGAGGAGACUUGGCUAGUGCUGUCGGAGUUGAGCUUUUUCUUCCGCCAGCUUUGUGCUAAGGAGUUAGAUAAAAAAGUGGUUGAGAAGCUAGACAAACAGGCACCCGAGUUGCUUUGUAAGCUAGAGAUGCUCCUUCCGCCAGGGUUCUUUAAUCCGAUGCAACAUCUGAUUUUGCAUCUCCCGCAGGAGGCUUUACUUGGGGCCAAUGUGCAGACCCGUUGGCAGUAUGGCCCUGAGAGAGAAACAAAGAAGCUUCGUGAGGACUGUGGCAAUAAAUGCAAGAUCGAGGCAUCCAUAGCCGAGGCAGCCCUUAACAAGGAGGUUUCAAACUUCACGACAAAGUACUACGAUGAAAACAUUCGCACUCGACACAAUCCAAUCCUUCGUUACAAUGCCGCCAACCCUGAAGAUGUACCCAAGCUUGGCAUAUUCAUAGGGUUAGGUGGCAAAUCAAGCGGCACGAAGAGGCUCAAGAUAACGGAUCCCAAGUGGGGUUUAAUCCACUCUUAUGUCUUGAAAAGCAUGAAAGAAGUGAAGCCGUACAUCGAACGAUUCAAUAAAAAAUAUUGGAAGCUAAGCAGGAGUCGUACGGCCCAAGAUGACCAGGAUCUCUUUGAAAAUGGUGGUGGAUACGGUUUCAUUAACUGGUUCUCGAAUUUGGCACAAAAUGACAUUGAAAUGAAUCCGGACUUGAGAAAAAUUGCCAAGGGCUUUAGCUCACCUGUCAAUGCAUUCGAUGCUUAUGAUGUGAAUGGGUAUCGCUUCCAUACCCAUCAGUACACACAACGCCGGGCCAACCGGAAGACAAUAAAUAGUGGGGUUGUGCGUGAAGGCUCAGAUAAGCUCCAGUACUAUGGUAGAGUCGAGGGGAUAUACGAGCUGCCUUAUGGUUUCGGCAAAGGCCUAGAUCCCGUUGUAUUCAAGUGUCACUGGUUUGACCCGCAUCGGGUGAGACGGAAACCUGAAAUUGGCUUGGUCGAAGUUGAGCGAAGCUCCGUUUACACGGGAGAUGAUGUAUAUAUUUUAGCUACCCAGGCCUUUCAAGUAUUCUACCUCCCGUACCCGUGCAAGAACCCGAAGAAACGUCUGCAGGGCUGGGAUGUCGUGAUCACGGUCCCGACACACAACAGGCCGCCUAAGCCAGACAAUGAAGAUUACCGUCGCCUUGACCCCUCGACAUAUGAAGGCGAGUUUUUCCAAGAAGAAGGCCUCCCAGGGCAUUUCACUAUCAACUUGCCGACUGAUGAUGACAUGGUCGUAGAGGAGGAGGAUAAUUUAGUCGAGGAUGUUGAGGAGGAAGAGGAUGUAGUCGAGGAGGUUCAGAGCGCACAAGACUUGACUUUGCUUGCCAGGUUCCAACAAGGCCUAGACAUCGCUGAGUCAACGGAGCCGCCUCCAGGUUACAUCCCUGAUUAUUGGGGGGAGCGUGAUAGCGAUGACGAAGCUUGUGGCCCAUUGGUUGUUCGCGAUGAUCAAGAAACGGGCUUCUGAAAUUCAUAGUCUUCCUCUAUGUAAUAGUGAUUUGUAAAAGUAGCCUAUUCUAAGAACUCUAUGUAUUUUAAUUAUUGCCAUUGUAAGAACUCUAUGUAUUUUAAUUUAUUUGCUUUGCUAAUUUCUUCUU